AUGACCGUGCCCUGGCGGCCGGAGAGCGGCAUCACUUAUAAGGAACAGGAGGACUUGACACUCCGGCCCCGUUCCUGCCUUCAGUGUUCCGAUUCCCCAGUAGGCCUCCAGAUGGGCAGAAGCACCAAGCAGAGUGACCAAGAUCAGCUGAAGGAACUCUACUCGGAGGGGAAUCUGACAGUGCUGGCUACUGAUGCCCUGCUCCACCAGGACCCACUGCAGUUAGAUUUCCAUUUCCGCCUCACCCCCCAGACCUCUGUCCAUUGGCAUGGCCUUCUCUGUGACCGUCAGCUUUUCCUGGAUAUCCCAUAUCGGGCCUUGGAUCAAGGCAACCAGAAAAGUUUGACUGCAACACUGGAGUAUGUGGAGGAGAAGACCAAUGUGGAUUCCGUGUUCGUAAACUUCCAAAACGACCGGAAUGACAGAGGUGCCCUGCUUCGGGCCUUCAGCUACAUGGGCUUUGAGCUGGUCAGACCGGGUCACCCUGCGCUUCCUCCCUGGGACAAUACCAUCUUUAUGGUGUAUCCCCUUGAAAGGGAUCUGGGCCACCUGCCCAGUAAGCCUCCCUGAACAUGCUUAUUCAUACUCUGUGAGGGGCUGGGGGCCUUGAUAAGUGGGACCAGGAUGUGAUUCUGGACACCUCCUUGUAUCCUAGAAAUAAAGGAUAGUGCAAUC